AUGACGGGCUUACAAUUUUUCGAAAAAGUAAAAAAAACAGAAAUACAAGAAAUUGAGAAAAAACUUCUGCACAUUCACAAGUGUGUUUCCGCAAGCUUGACCAAUUCAGACCUUAUAAAUAAGGGAGAAAUAAUCUUCCAUUGGAAAAAAUGUCAUACGUAUGUAACAGAUGUGAAAACAGAUGUAACAGAUGUGAAAACACAUGUAACAGAAUUUUUUGAGAAUUACAAGAAUUUUGAGAUAUGCAAUGAAAUCAAUUUAUCAAUCGGUGAGUAUUUUAUGUACCUCAUUAUAUACUGGAGAAAUGUGAAAAUUAAAAAAAAUCCAUUGAGAAUUCUUAAUUUGUAUAUUUUUGUGAACAAUAAGUGGAAGGAUAAAUUAAUUUACCAUUUUUUAAAAAAUCUCUUUUUAAAAAAGGACGAUGAGCAGCAGGAUUGCAUGAAUUGCAAAACGUUGAUAAUCGAAUAUUUCACUAAUAAUUAUGGCACAUUUCGGGAGGAGCACAUUGGGUUAUUUUACACGAAUAUUUUGAGAUACAUCAACAACAAAUUGAAAAUAAAUUUUUUAAAAAAAAACCAAAAUUAUUUAAACAUUUUUGCCAAUUUUCUAAUUACUUAUAAUGGGAAUGCAACACUCCAAAUAAAAAGUCACAUGCUUAACGCCUUUUUACUUAUUGCGAAAAAUUUAAAAAAAAUUCUGUUGCAGUUCCCUUUUGACAAAGACAUAUGCACACAUGUGUGCUUGAUUUACCAGAAGGUGAAAAAUGUCAUAGAAGCUUACCGAGCGGGCGUAUGUCACCUUUUGGCUGAGAAGGCACAGCCCUUCCCCAUCCCAGCAGUUGGAGUUCAAUCCGAGUGGGUAGGUCAGUACGUUGGUGCCCCCAGCGACUCGGAUAGUGAUGAAGAAUUUCAUGCAGCUGAGGAGGAGGCAGAGGUGGGGGGGGAGGUGGAGGCGGGAAUCCACGGCGGCGUAAAGCACCCAAGCGUUCUUCUGCUGCGCAAGUACCUAUGCGGCAUAAAAAAGAUACAACAGCAGCUGCAACAAUGUGACAACGUUAUUAAGGAGAAGAAAAAAGAAUACCCCUUUUUACUAUUGUGUAAAUAUAGAAGCAUAUUAAUUAUAAAAUAUAAAAAUGUAAGGCGCGUCGACAUUAGUGAUAACUUGGAAUAUUUUAUAUUAUUUUUCAAAAUAAGAAAUUUACUAUGUGAGGGAAGCAAAAACCCGUUUUUUAUUUUUCUGUGCAUAGACAGCCUAAGUUACUGGUUACAGAAAAAUGAAAAAUUGCAGUACAUUUUUGAAGAUGCCAAGGUAGGAGCCUUACCAAAAGGUGAAGCAUCUGAAAUGUGUUUUCUGACCGAUGGGUUACCCAAUAGUUGUGCCGAUGAAUGGGUAGGGUAUAAUGCAAUGAAGAGAAAUUUUCCAGGGGAAAAAGUUCCUUGGUCAAAUUAUGACUACUCAAAUGGACGUGUCACAACUUUGGACUGUACCGAUCUGUUGGACUUAGCCGAUCAGAGUGAAGAUAAAAUCUGCGAAGAGGGUGCCACCCCCGUUAGGCAUGACCAAAGGGUUAAACUCAGCCAAAAUUACGGUUGUAGUGAUUGUAAGGAUGCCCCUUCUUUGUGUGGUACAGAUUUCCCGUACAGUGGAGAAGGAAGGGAAGUUCCUGGGGAUGCCAAAAUGAUAAGCGAUGAGAAGACUCCUGAAGGGGUACCAGACGCGCCGGCGAACAUUUCACCUAUACGGAUGGACGAACUCGUUAAAGCAGACAACUGUGUCAAGAUAAGUAGUUUAAAAAUCCACUUUGAAAGUGUGUCCCAGGAAAAUAGAGUGAAUUUUAUGUCCCAUUUGUACAGAGCAAUUAUGAGAAGCUUACUAGUAAUCCUAAAAAAGUAUUCAUGGUAUAACAUAAAAAUUAUAUGGAAAAGUUGCAUUAGCAUUUACGAAUUUUUGCUGAGCAGCAAGAAAAAUACAUUUAUAAAAAAAGACGUAUGUGAUCAUUUAACGUAUAUAAUUUUUAAUCAGGAAAAGAAAAAGAAAUAUAUGUGUUUAUCAUUGUUGUUGAAAUACUUUAAGGAAUCCAUGUGUGAAAAAAACGUGUUGGAAUAUCUUUUUUACUGCUUCUUUCAAAAUGACGAUUUUUUCAUGUUCAGUUUGUACGAUCUCAUAAAGCAGUGCAUUAAACACAUAUUUGUCCACGCGAAGGAUAAGCAUCAGUUGUACUACAUUUUCUUAAAGAACAUUUUAAUAACCGAUAACUUUUCCAUGAAAACUUUCUACAUAAAAAAAUUUAUCGAGUUGUUUUACAAACAUGAUAGUAAUUAUGUGUACUUUGUUUUGAAUAAGGAGUAUUCUGACUUGCGAACAUAUUUUGAUAUGCUCCUCGAAGAAGAGCAAGAAAGAAGGUACAUCCAAGCAGAUCAAACCAAACCUGGACGAAACAAUGUAGAUAGUUUUAUUGGCCUGAGCAGCGUCAACAGUGUGAAGAGUUCCAAGGAAAUGACAAGCAGACGUUAUUUUUUAUUUUUAAUGAAGCAUCUGUUGGAGAGAAAAGACGCAGACGAAAUUGCCUACAAUGGUGUUGUCGACCAAAUGGAGGAUAACAUCUUUUUGAAUUACAGAAUUGUGAAAGAUGGAGUAAACUCGCUGGAGAAAAAUGUCCCUAAUGUGAAGGGGAAGACGUUGAAAGAAACAUUUUUGAUUUACAAUUUUCACUCUUUGCAAAAUAUCGCCUUCUUAGAGCUGUACACAUUAUGCACUUUGCGAAAGUACGAAUGCAUCGAAGCGGUAAAUUACAAAAGUGACUACUUCUAUCAGCUCAGGAACAAUGUUUUGCUAAAUGUGAAAAUUUUAAACAACUUUUUUUACUUCUCGAAUGACGAAUUUGUGCUGUCCAUUUUGUCCUUCAUUUGCGAAAACAAAUAUUUGAACCUCUGUGAUUUGUAUCUAUUCCGCACCUUUUUAAUCACCUCCAUAACGAACAUUUCGAGGACGAGUCGGGAUGCCUACAGGAAGUACAUUUUUCUGUUCUUCGAGAAAUUUUUUAUAUAUUACCAGAGGGUGAUCGAGAUGGACAAGCGAAGGGGCUACAACAUCGAGGCGGGGAAGGAAAAAAAAACGCAUGGGGACGAUAUUCUCCAAAUAGAGAGAAGUUGUCAAGUGGGAGGAGCACACCUCGGGGGGGAUAUAAACAUAGGUGCUACCCAUGUGGAUAAACACUCAUUUGAAGUCCAAAAAGUUGUUUCCUUUCUGUAUGGAAAUGUGGAUGUACUGCAAGAUAACCCCGUUUGCGACUCACCAAAGAACGUUUACUCGACUUGCAUAUAUCAUUCUGCUGACGAAAAACACGUAGACCACAGGAAGGGGGUCUUCCUGUACAAUUACUACCUCAUGAAUAUCUUUUUUGUUCUGUUUAAGAACACUAAUAAAGACAUGAGCAUCGAGGCAACUGUGUACUGCUCGGACAUACUAAACACGGUAGUGGAUUAUUGCGCACAUUUUAAAAAUCUUAAUUUUUUUUUUUUCCUAUUCAAUGCCAAAACGACUUGGAAGGAAUUUUACCUAAUAUCGAAGGAGAUCUUUUUCAAAACUGUGAAUAUAAUUCUGCUAAAAAGAGAAAGCUUUUCCUGCUUAAAUAAUGCAUUCCUUCCAUUGGUAAAAUCGCACAGGCAGGUGGACCAUUCGUUUUAUGCCUUCUUACUAAGAUUGUGCUUCAUUUCGUUAAAUCACCGCAAGGAGGUGAACAAGAGAGAAGACGGAAUAGCUACUAACCUUCUCACUACCACAAGCAGUGAUAACCAUGAGAUAUACCAACGGGUAAAUAAUUUGCGCCUGAACCCGAACAGGGAUGGUGCCCCCCCAUGUGACUUUUUCAGUUGUCUCAUUAAAUGCAGCGACGUUGAACAUAUAAAGGAGGACAACAAAUAUUUAAUAAAUUACGUAAACUACCUAUUCGGUGAUAGCGGCGAUGGCGGUGAUCGCGGCGAGGACGGUGAGACCCGUGGGAACCAUAACAACAGCGCGACGAUAAACAUCCCAUUGUACAUAUUCGAAAGCUUUAUUCACAAACUUAAGAGAGAAAAUAUCGUAAAAUUAACCAAACACGAAGACGUAGAAGAUUGCGAAAUGUAUAAAUUGGCCUACUACAUAAACGAGUUUAUUUUGUACCUUAAGGACAACAUGGAUUUCAGGAAAGAAAUAGAGGGGGCAGCGUUUAGGAAACAGUUCUGUGAAAUUAGCUUGUGCAGUUCGAGCACAUAUUUGAAUUUCGAGCAAUAUAAGCUAUUCCGUGUGCCGAGCGAGGCGCUUGAAUCGUCGGAUGGCUUCCACCUAAUCUUGUUAAAAGUGUACGUCUGCAACGUGCUGCACUAUUUUAUCAGUUAUUUGAACUUCCUAUUUCUGAAUGAGUCGAAGAGCUCUUUUUUCGACUGCAGAGGGCACCUAAUUUUUGAGGACGAAAGUGAGAAGGAAGCAACGUCUAUUAUCAUUUGGUUGUCUAUCAAGUACAUAUCCAUUUUGUUCACAUCCAUCGUUGACUUUUCCUUCAAAUUUAAUAUUACCACUUCUGAUGGGGAUGACAACCGGGAGAGACACGACGACUCCGGGUUUGCAAAUUGCGACUCGAAAAGUGAAAGUAUGAGGGAUGUAAAUUAUGGCAGUGGAAAGAAAAACAUUUCUUUGCAGUUUUUUCACAGUACAGAAAUUCAUCUUAUCAUUCAGAUCCUUCUGUGUCUGCUUCUUCACUCCAAGCAUAUAGCAUGCCAGCAGUAUCUGUCGGAUUGCCUACUGGAUAUCUGCAGAAUUAUAGUCAUGACAAGUUGCGAGAGUAUGCAAACCAUUCCGUUGUUCUACAUCUACAUCAUUUUCCUUAUUUUUAAAAACGAGGGGGGGGAAUCGAAAUGUACGGAGGAAGGUGGCAACCAAAUGGACAAAGCUCCCGAGGGACGCCGCCAUAUCGCUUCGGACGAACCCGUCUCCAACGAAAACCCAGAGGACGCAGAACCCAACUUUGAGUUCCUAACGGGAAUUAUCAGCCGACUGAACAAAAUGCUCACGACGAAGGAGGGAAACAAUGUCGACGUAAGUGAAAUUUUAUCAGCACAUUUUUUAAAAGGCAAUUUUACGCCCCCGAAGUGGGGGCCGCAUGACAAGCCCGCAGUUCAGAAUGCCACCCAAAGGGAAAACAAGAGGGGAAGCGCUGAAUCCAAGUGUAAGACAGCUCCCCAUGCGAAUCAUAACUUCAAGUUAAAUGACAAAUUAAACAUGCUCAUUUGGGAUGAUGAACAAAUUAAAACAAAUUUUCUCAGAAAGUCGAGCAACAUGUGCCUAGCGCUGAGCUCUUUGGCCAAGUCGUAUAAAGCAAAAGAACAGUACAUCAUAUACAGUUUUGUCAUAAAAAUUAUAAUCAAUUAUUUGCUUAACGGAAAUAAUAAGUAUAAAAAGGUCAUUUGCGUGAACCUUAUAAAACAUAUAUACACCACUAUUGAUAAUAAAACGCUUUAUGAGUACAUGAAUGAUAUUUAUAGAAUAGCUUUAAUUUACUAUAAGAGUAGAUUUUUUUGCCUGAAAAGUUCGAGCACAUCACUGUACAACAUUUUAACCAAACGCCUGUUGGCCAAGCUGAAUUACUCCUAUCAUGUGUCUUCCAACAUGUAUUAUUUCUGUACGGGAAGCAAAAGAAGAAUAUUUAAAAACAUCAAUUUGACUUUUUUCGAUUUAUUAAAUUCGGUCAACUUGUUAAAGAUAUUUUUAAAUGUGUUUAUAAAGAAGGGAAAAUUUUUAAAUGCACAUGAUUGUAGCAAAAAUGAAUGUAAACCCUUUUUUGAUUAUUCCAAUUUUUAUGCCCAAUUUAUCCCCAUUUUGAUAUUUCUGUCAAAUAUUAUCAUUUUUAACAACGACGAUUAUUUCUUACUAAGGAAUGUGAGGGGGGAUUUGCUAGCUGCGCAUAGCGUGCAUCAGUUUUCGCCACACAGUGGCUCUCCGACGGACACAAGGGAGCAAAUUGUAGGAGAAAAUGAAAGCCAGAGCGAUCUGCAAGAAGAGGAGGAGAACGCAGAAUGGACAGAGGCUCCUACGGGUAAUCACCCCUCCAACGAUCCAGGUGGGGAAAAUCAAACCCAAAUAAGCAACAUAAACAUAUACUUCCUUUUUGUGAAACACCUGAAAAAGUUACUCACCUACGGCAACUACUUCGUCCAAGUGCUCAUUUGCAGAAUAAUCGUCAAUGUGUAUAUGCACAUAUACCUAAAGCUGAAGAAACAAAACCUUAUUUUUAACUUUUUAAACAAAAUUGUAAUAAACGCCAUGGAAGGUGAUAAGAGAAAUUUCUAUCUGCUUCUCUUCAUAGAAUUUGUGAGGAGGAAGGAGUCCAAAACGUUAGUGGAGGAAAAUAAAAAAAAGUUCAGAAAAAUAUUCUUCCAGUUUUUAUUCCUAUUUGUAAGAACGGAAACCUAUGUAGAAGUUUUGCUAAUUUUGCAAAUAUUAAACAUCCUGUAUAGUAAGAUAUCCAUUUCGUUGCACAAAAAUGUUGUGGCUUUCCUGUUUAGACGAUUGACACUAUAUCAGAAUGACAUGUUCAUAUCUGUUUUGGUGAAUGAACUAUUGAUGAAGAUAACUAAGCGGGUUGAAAAUUUUGUUGCCCUUCUAGACAUAUACGCAUCGAGCAGGAACGAGAAGCACAUAGAGUCGUUCCUCUACAACUGGUUUCUGCACACAAAAAAGAGGCAAAAGAAGGAGCUUCAAAUAAAAGAGAAGCAGCUCAGCGAAUUGUCAAAUUAUAGUUCUUUUAAGUUUUUCUCUGAAUGUCAUAAAAAGGGGGUGACUACUCCCCCGGGUGAGGAAUGGUUAGAUGGGACUAAACGAAGUGCCUCUGGCCAUAGUGAAGGAGAGGUCCAGGGAGGGGACGGUAAAACGGAACAAUUAGAUGACAAAUCGGUGGACCAAUCGCCGGACCAAUCGGUGGAUGAACGGAUGUACAUCUAUCUGUACCUUUUACUUUUCCAAAUAGCCCACACGUAUAAGGACAACAUAAAAAUUAACAAGUACUGCUUCAGUAUCCUGUUGACAAUUGUAAAUUUUAUAUCCAUUGAAAAUUUGUUCCUCUUCGAGCGUAUGCAGCAGUAUUACAUGGAACAUGUUAAGGAGAAUUACCUGGACAAGUACAUGAUUUCGUAUAGCUACCUUAUAUGCGUGAAAUAUUUUUCCAUUGCGCAGAAGGCAGAAGGUAAGAAGAGUCAGAAGCAGCGCUGCGAACCUGGCAACAGAUUUAUCGAAGCGAUUUAUAACUUUAUCGAAAGAGAGAAGGAGAGCAUUGCUUCAGCUUUCAGUUGUAACUGGAAGGAAUCUCUUUUCAACUAUGCAUACUUUUACUGUCUCCUUUUUCUAAAUUUGCUGUCCCAUCUGUGUAACAAAAAUUCGGUGACGUAUACGAAAUAUUUUGUGAAGGUCUUCAUGAACUACGGAAUUGUUGAAUAUCACUACGAUCGUCUCGAGGAAGAGGAAGAAAAAAUGAAAAAUGUCAACGCAGGUGGAGGUGAUGAUAUUGGGAAAGAUUGCAUGGUGCCCAAGGGAGAGAAACAUUCUUCACUUGGCUACCCUACCGGAGACGAUUCACCAAAUUGGAGUAGAAUAAAUGGAGCGAAAAGAAAUAACAAAAAUGAAGUGUUCGAUAUGACACAAUUUUCGAAGAAUAAUUAUCCCCCUCAAGGUACCCUCCAAAUGAAUACUCCCAAUUAUGCGCUGCCCAAGGAAGAGGGUAAAGCCGGUGAUGCCCGAACAACCACGUACACAAAAUACAAAGAAUGGUAUAAGACCGAUUUGAAUCAGUGGAUAACACAGGUAGUGAAAAACAAAGUGAGGAACCAAAAUAUUACAUUCGAUGUUGUGUAUGUCAAAAAUUCACUGAAGCAUGUCAGAGGGCAUAACUUGUUUACCGCCUUCUUUGUGGUACUUUACUCUUUCCUUAUAUUUAUGUUAAAUGAUGAAAACGAACUGAUAAGAUACAAGGCCAAAAUUGCAGUGUUGCAAAUGAUGAGGAAGAACACGUUAAAUGUGUAUCGAGCUAUGAAAGACAUAAUCUGUGUUGAGUUCUUCAUUUAUUACCUUUCCAAGUGGCACCAACAUGUGGCCCUACACAUAUUAACCUUUUGCAUAUGCCAAACGAAGAGCUGCAUUAGAGAUAGCUUUUAUUACAACCCUGUUAAAUUAUUUGAUCAGGAAAAGUACAAUUUGUAUAUUAACAAUGUGUUACUGAACCAUUUGUUUGUCUUUUAUUACCUGUUUAAUAUCACUGCGAUUUACGAGAGAGGGAAUCCGGGAGGGGGGAUUAACGAGGGGAUUACCGACUUUUACCGCUUCGUCGACACGAUAGGUGGCCAAAAAAAAGACGCCUUGAUGAGAAAUGUAAAAAUUGAAAAUGCACCCCCGCUUCUUUCGACGGAUGAAACCAUUUUGGAUGGACACGAUUUAUGCGUGUUGAAAGAUGGUGCCGUAUGGCAGAAGGUACUGGAAAGAUUAGUCCGUAAGCGUGCCUUCUGUACGGAGUGCCAUACUUUGGGUGAUAAAGCGGAACGACCCCUUAGAACCUCCUGCUUUCUGUCAUGCAGGAAAACGCUGGUGACAUCCUACAUGGAAACCUUUCUAAUAUUCCUACGAAUGGGCUACAUCCCAGAUAUUAAGAAAAGCCUAGACGAUUAUUCGCACCUCUUACGGUCCUACAAAAAUGUGGACCUUUUUGAUUCCAAUUUUGUCAUUUGCUGGAGCAACCUGUUCAACAAAAUAAUUAUUCUUCUAAUCAACAUAUUCAUUUUCUUUCAAAAAAAUAUAGACCUAUAUGACAACAGUUAUUUUUACGAAGAAAUAAAUAUGAUUAAGUUGAAGACCGAGUCAAUUUAUGGCACCUUCAAAUUGGUAAGACAUGAAAUGAAUCCGUUUUUACUGAAAAGUAUGGAGCUUCUGUUGUCCAUCAUGGGCACUGCCUUUUUAAAAAACGGCAACUUCUUUUCAGAUAUAUACACGUUGUUAUACUCUUUGAAGAGUUCCGUUUAA